GACCCAAGAACUGCCGAUUUCGCCGGUUCUUGGCUCGAUCCCUCCCACCACCACCUCCUCCUCCUCCUCUCCAUCCCCGUGCUCGCAAUUGAUCCAUCGCCUCCAUCCUCCCCGUCGUCCUCUCCUCGCUCGCCAUUAAACUUCACCGACCCCGUCGCCGUCUCCCGGCAGGCAGGCUCCUCCGGUCUCGCCUCCUCGCGGAGAAGGAAAUAAAGAUUGAACAGCUAGGUUACAUGCUCCACGGAUCGGUCGGUGCUGGAUUCGUUCGGGAAGCUCGAUCGUCGUGGAGGACGGACGAAUCAAUUAGCGGUGGGAUUAGGCGUGAUCUUAAUAGAAUCGUGAUCUCCGGCGGCGGCGAUGGGGAGGGUCAAACUGAAAAUCAAGAAGCUGGAGAACAGCAGCGGGAGGCAGGUCACCUACUCGAAACGGCGGUCGGGCAUCCUCAAGAAGGCCAAGGAGCUGUCCAUACUGUGCGACAUUGAUCUCAUCCUCCUCAUGUUCUCGCCCUCGGGGAAGCCGACCGUAUGCAUCGGCGAGAAGAGCAACAUUGAGGAAGUCAUAGCAAAAUAUGCGCAGCUUACCCCUCAGGAAAGGGCUAAAAGGAAAUUGGAGAGCUUAGAAGCCCUAAAGAAGACUUUCAAGAAGCUAGACCAUGAUGUAAAUAUUCAGGACUUCUUAGGCUCUGGGGGUCAGACAGUCGAGGAGUUAUCAAGCCAUCUCGGUUCAUUGCAAUGUCAAAUGGCAGACGUCCAAAAGCGUCUCAGUUAUUGGGGUGAUCCUGAGAAGAUUGAGAAUAUCGAUCAUAUAAGAGGAAUGGAGCAAUCACUCAAAGAAUCUCUUAAUCGCAUCCGAAUCCAUAAGGAGAACUUCGCAAAGCAACACCUGAUCGGCCUGCAGUGUGCUGCUGCUCAGUUCCAGACCGACAUGCAGUUGCCUCUAGGACUCACCGGUGACCCGGGCCCUUCGUCGUGGUUUCAGAACGGCGGUGCUGAUGGGCAGCAGCCAAUGAUGCUACCAGACGACUCCGGCCUGCUUCAUCAGAGGGACAUCGGUUGCUCGACGAGCACGUCGCUACAGAGCUACCCGGGCUACUUCAGCAUGAGCAAGCAAUCGACGGACACCGGUGGCGGCAGCGAGCAUGGGCAGCCGGCGGCACACCAGCAGCCGCCGGACUUUGGCCAAGCCGAGUGCCUGACGCACCUGGGCGCGCAGUUCCCGUACACGCCCUUCGACACAAGCCUCUUCAACGAAAGGAUGUUCAGGCCGGAUGCCAUGGAGCUGCACGACGGCAGCGCCGGCAUCGACUUCGGCGGCGGCCACUUUAACAUGCCCAGGCCCGGCGACGAGGCAAGCUUCCAAAACUGGGCAUCAGCAGCGUGCGGCGCGGCCAUGUUCGACCACCAUCAGCAGCAGCAGCAUCACCAGCAGCAACAGCCGUCAUCUGCACAAGCCAGAAGCUUCACCAAAGAGUUGCAAAAUGUCCAAAGUGAGACUGAUGUCAUUGACAGAAGGCUGGAGGAAGAGGACCACAUCGCCUGCAUAAAGGGAAAUGCGGUGUUGUAG